GUUGACUGGAGUUCUGGUGGCAGGGAGAUCCUUUGCCGAAACUGUGGAGGUCACCUGGGCCACGUCUUCAUGGAUGGGAGUUCCCUGGGAGGCCAACCCUGGUGAUACCCCCGAGAGACACUGCGUGAACUCCCUUUCGGUGGUGUGGGAAGAGCAGGCCAAGGCUCCCAGGACCUGUUUCAUUCUUCAGGAAAAAGCGGUCUGUUUGAGUGUAAGAGAAAGCCCUUUUGAGGCAGUUUCCUUGUAG